AUGGCGUCUUCUUUGGUGCCUGGCCCAAGGUUGAUUAGCGCUUUAGGCCCUGGCGGGGAGCUAGAGGCAGAAAAGCUGCCCCGGAAGCUGCGGGCCGAACUUGAGGCCGCGCUGGAGAAGCAACACCAGAGCGGUGAUAGUAGUCCCCGACGCCUGGUUCCCUUCCGUCUGAUCAGGGAUCUGCACCAGCACCUGAGAAAAAGGGAUUCCACGCUCUAUCUUCAUGAGCUCCUGGAAGGCAGUGAAUUUUAUCUCCCAGAAGUUGUGAAGCCUCCCCGGAACCCAGAGUUAGUUGCCCGGUUGGAGAAGAUUAAGAUACAGCUGGCCAAUGAGGAAUAUAAGCGGAUCACACGUAAUGUCACCUGCCAGGAUUCAAGGCAUGGUGGGACUCUCAGUGACCUAGGAAAGCAAGUGAGGUCAGUGAAGGCUCUAGUCAUCACCAUCUUCAACUUCAUUGUCACGGUGGUAGCUGCGUUUGCCUGCGCUUACCUUGGAAGUCAGUAUAUCUUCACAGAAAUGGCCUCGCGGGUGCUGGCUGCAUUGAUCGUCGCCUCUGUGGUGGGUCUGGCUGAGCUGUAUGUCAUGGUACGGGCUAUGGAAGGCGAGUUGGGAGAGCUGUAA